AUGAGGCUGUUUCUGACAUCCCGUGCAUUGGACCUCGCCAUAGCCCUAUCAACCAUUCUGCUGCUGCUUGUGGUUCCGCAUACCCUCGCGGUCAAAAGAGCACCGGCAAAGAAGUCCCCAUUGCGGGCCGAGCUGCUGAAUCGGGAGCUCCUAACGGCGUUCAAGGACCUUGAUAAGAAGUACCCGGUUUUCUCCGUCUUUGCGCAACGUUUCUUCACUGUGGCUAGGGUCAAACUGAUAUCCCUGGAUGGUCCCUCCACGAUCCUUGUUCCGUCCGAUAUUGGCAAUCAGUUUAUGAAAAAGAAGUGGAGGUUUUCACUCCCCAGCAGAGGCUUCGCAUCAUGA